CCACCAUUAAAUAAAUAAGAACUAUCUUAUAAAUCAGGGUUAUUUUAGAUGAUGACACCUAGCUGUCUACUGAAACAGAUGUCGUUUUCUAUGUUUUUGGGGAAGAACAUCGUUUGCAUUCUUGAACUCGCUAGCUUUCUUUUAAAUGACCAGCACCGUAGGAGCGCGAAACAACUUUACCAGCAUCAUAGCAUACGUAUCUAUGAAUCGUUGUGACAUAUGAAAUGUGAAUGUGUAAUCAAUGUAUAAUAACUACGUAAAAAAACAACAUUUUAUAAAAUGUAUGAAGGCGUUAAAUUAUUAUGUGACGUGCAGUUAUAUUCAUGUCCUGAUUGAUUGGUCAACAACUCUUUUUGACACGUCAAGUAUCGUUUUUGACAGCAAAGACCCUAGCUCAUAGCUUGAGGACGUGGCGGUUAUUGACCAAUCACAAGGCCGAAGCUGUCCUGAAGUGGACCAAUGGACAAGAGGCAUGGCACAAACGCAUAUGUAACGCUGUUGGCUGGUCGAGUUUUUACGACCGGAAACGAUGGGUGUGUAUCCGGAGUAGCUAGAUAUUCAAAAUCGAAAGACUGGUGUAAACCCACCAUCGAGAAAAAGGACCGCGUCCACCAUGAAGACCCGCUUAGCAACCGUGACCAUGAAGAUGCAGAGAACUUUGAUUACGACCACGAGGCGUUUCUAGGACAGGACGAGUCCAAGACCUUUGAUCAGCUCACACCGGAAGAGAGCAAGGAGAGACUUGGUAUGUUGGUAGAGCGUAUAGAUGAGGACAAGGAUGGCUAUGUGUCAGUGGAGGAGAUGAAAAAGUGGAUCAAACACAGUCAAAAGAGGUGGAUCUAUGACGACGUGGACCGCCAGUGGAAAGGUCAUGACCAUAACGGAGAUGGACUGGUGUCCUGGGAGGAGUACAAGAAUGCUACAUAUGGAUACAUACUGGAUGAUCCAGACCCAGAGGAUGGCUUCAGCUACAGGCAGAUGAUUUCACGCGAUGAGAGGAGAUUUAAAAUGUCUGACCUGGAUGCUGACCUGAAGGCCAAUAAAGAGGAGUUUACAGCCUUCCUCCAUCCUGAGGAGUACGACCAUAUGAAGGAUAUAGUUGUGCUGGAGACCAUGGAGGACAUCGAUAAGAACGGAGACGGCUUCAUAGACCUGGAGGAGUACAUAGGUGACAUGUAUAACCAAGAGGGGGAUCCGUCAGAGCCGGAGUGGGUGAGGACAGAGAGAGAACAGUUUACUGAGUUCAGAGACACGAACAAAGAUGGCCGCAUGGACAAGGAGGAGACCAAAGACUGGAUCCUGCCUUCAGACUAUGACCACGCAGAGGCAGAAGCCAAACACCUGGUCUACGAGUCAGAUAAUGACAAGGAUGGCAAACUGACUAAGGCAGAGAUCGUUGAGAAGUAUGACCUCUUUGUUGGUAGCCAGGCUACUGACUUUGGAGAAGCCUUGGCAAGACACGAUGAAUUCUAACCCUUCCACUUCCCAUGCUGGGUUGGGCUCAAUUACAAUUCAAGUCAUGGAAUUUAAAUCCCAAUUUAAAAGUAGCGCACUAUAUGGAGUGACAUUUGAGAUGGAGUUUUUCACUCUGAUGCCAAGGACAAUUUAUUUGAUUUCCUGGCCUAUUAUACACACUAGUGAAUGUAUUACUUUGUACUAAGUAGUACACGAUCAGGACACCACCUUGUUCCAGCUCUGCCUCCACCACCCUCUCGGACAAUGGAAAGGAUAUUUCCUUUGGCUUGUCUUUUUGUUUGCAGAGCAACUUUGUUAUUUAUUAUUAAAAAAAAAAAAAAGAUUUAUAGAAUACAGUAGUGUUUGUUCAAACAAGGUUACAAAAACAAUCUAUCAUGCAUGUAAUUAAGUGCCGAACUGCGUGUUGGGUUAAAUUUAGGAAGUGAAAUGUAAUAGAAAAACUGAAUUGAUCUCAACCCUGGUGUGUGUAUAGCCUUGUGUGUAUUCUGCUAUGCGUUGGACUAUGAAGGGGCGCUAUAACACGGGUGGGCCACUCUAUGGGCUACCACCACAAACUGCUCUUUGAGUUGAUAAACAUACCACCAAUGUGGCCAAUCCUCCCAGGGUUAGUGGUUGUAGCCCAAGGAGUGGGCCUGAAUCUUCAUGCAUCGGCCAUUAGUGGUCCUCGGUGACCCCUGUGUGUCCCUUGGUAAUGCUUAAUUAGGGGUUAGAUCAGUGUUUCUCAACUUUAGUCUGAGAACCUCCUGGGUCAUACAUUUCUGAUCUAGUCCCUGUAUUAGCACAACAUAUUCAUAGGGCUGGAACAUCCUGUUUUAUUUUGGAAUCUGCUUAAUUCUAUGCUGCACCACACUACAUACUCAUACACAUAUUACACUAUGUUUGGAUGAUUAUUAAAGUCAGAUUUCCCUCAGGCUUCUUUAGUUAUUGUUGUCAUAACUGUAUAAUGACCCUCACUUACUGUAUGACCAUCUAUAACCACUGUUAUUGGUCUGGUUCAACUUCACUUAAACCCUUUGUUAUAAGGGCUGUUUAACACUGCCAUAACAAUGUCAGGACUGUUGGUGUAUAAUCAGUUGUGCUAAAUUGACACAGUAUGAUUGUUUAUGACAUGUUAUGUAGCCCGUAUGACAAAGGGUUCUAGUAAAGUGUUUGCGUUGUCUUAUAUAAUGUAUAUGAUAUAGCUGUUUUUUUUACACAACAUGCAGCGCCAUGCCUGUCACUGGUGACUGCCCUGUACAUACAUUGUCACCUGUUGCUUUGUCGACAGUGUGUGUGCUGUUACCAAUCAUAAGCAGAAGAGUUUUUCUGAUUAAAAGGAUGUUGUGGAGUA